UUAUCUUUGAUUCUUUCGGAAUAUCUAUCAAGGAAAACGUAGGUCGACCUGGGGAGAUUUUGCACGCACAUCCAUCGGCGUAUCCAAUCGGCCAUAGCACACUAGCCGGCGCGCGAAUUUUUCGGAGGAGAGAUAAUUUGCCACAAUGGCGGAUUGGGAGAAAAUGAGGAGACUGCCGAUUCGCACCAGCCUGAGAACCCGGAAUGGCGCUCGUGCAUGUCGCUGGCAUUUGACCCAACACGGUCAUUUCAGCAAGGUGUUGAGACCAGAGGGUGUGCCAGCCAUAUGGGCGCCAGGCUAGUGCCGAAAGGCCGCGCGCCAGUCCUCCUUACGUGCUAUGGCGACUGAGUGGCCAGGCCGCAACGUGCUUUAGUGCUCGCCUUUGCAUAUCCUCGCUUUUCAGGCACACGCUGCUAAACAACUAUUCACCCUUUUGUGCUCUGUAGAAUGGAGGCUGUUCAGACUUUCGGUCGCAAAAAGAACGCUACUGCCGUCGCCCACGUCAAGCGCGGUAAGGGUAUGAUCCGCAUCAACGGCCAGCCGCUCGAGCUCCUGGAGCCUGAGAUCCUGCGCUUCAAGGUCUACGAGGCCAUCCUCAUUGUUGGCGAGGACAAGUUCGCCGGCCUUGACAUCCGCGUCCGCGUCCGCGGUGGUGGUCACACCUCGCAGGUCUUUGCCAUCCGUCAGGCUAUUGCCAAGGGUGUCGUCGCCUUCUACCAGAAGUUCGUCGAUGAGGCCUCGAAGAAGGAGAUCAAGGAUCUGCUUGUCGCCUACGACCGUUCCCUGCUGGUCGCCGAUCCCCGCCGCUGCGAGCCCAAGAAGUUCGGUGGUCCGGGUGCCCGUGCCCGCUUCCAGAAGUCGUACCGUUAAGUUUCGCAAUCUUUUCUCUUUCAACAUUUUCCGG